AUGCGUGCUUCUAAUCAGCCGCCAGCUGCUAGUUCAACAUCUUCUAAUGGCCCUACUAUGCCUAAAUCAGAGACAGUUAAUGGUACAUUAGGAUUCUCAUCCGCAGUUGCAAGUACAAAUCAGGGUUCUACAUUGCAAAGCGAUGUAGGUAAAAGGGCAGUGUGGAAUGAGGAUAAUCAAAUGAUAAAUGGUAAAGGCAAACCAGAUCCUUUGAAAUCUGUGAAACAGAAUGUUGUGGAUUUUCGUGCCAACGCAUCAGAGAAACCAGCCACAAUUGAUGAAACUACUGCAACAUUGAGUAAUCGGUCUUCCAGUCCUCCAGCAUCUAAGCACGGUGAAUGGGGCUCUUCUUUGGUGUCAAAUGAUACAAAUUCUUUUGUUUGUACAUUGCCAUCUUUUGAGCCUGAGAAAGGGGGAACUGUUGCAACUGAUAUGCCGGCAAUAAAGGUUGAGAGUACAGUUAGAAGUGAACCAUCUGGUGUAACUAGAACUAAUAAUUCACUUACAGAUCAGAGUGCUAUAAAAUCACCUGGGAGUCAAGCAUUACAGCAACAUUAUGUUGACCAAUAUCAAGAACCUUUAGCUUCACCAGUAACUGAGAACAAUUCUUGUUGGAGUGAACAAUCUGAUUGGAGAACAGAUACUCAAACUCAAACAGUUACAAAUACCGUGUCUGAAGUAGAGGAGGAUAUAAUAUCAUUUGAUAAUCAAAGGCUUAAGGAUCCGGAAGUAGUCAGCCGUACUACAUACCUUCCAAACUCUGCUAAUUCGCUCCAUGUUUCAAAUCAUUCUAGGUCUCAUUCUUUGCAAAUUAAUGAUCCUUUUGGUGUCAUUAAUGUAAAUGCUGAUCCUAUAUUUGUAGAUAAUAGGGUUGGUGACCGUACACUUCAUCAUGCCUCUAGCAAUACUGAAAUAUCAAAUGGAUACCCUGAGAAAUUGAUAAGCAGUUCUGCUGGUCUGGAUAGAAAUAUGGGGCGUUCCUUCUCUCUACCAAUUGAAGGGGAAGUGAAGCAAAUGGGCAGGUUACAGGGUGAUACUACUGCAUUGGAUGCUGGUGAGAGCAGCAUAAUUUCAAAUAUAUUGUCACUAGAUCUCGAUUCCUGGGAUGACUCAUUAACUUCACCUCAGAAUUUGGCUAAAUUGUUGGGUGAAACUGACAAACAGCCUAGCCCUCUCAAAAUGUCUAGUUCUUGGAAGGUUCAAAAUAAUAAUAAUAAUCAGUCUAGGUUCUCCUUUGCUAGACAGGAGGAAUCAAGAAAUCAAUUAGUCGAUGUUCAUCCUUCAUUUAGUGUUUUUGGACAGAUGCCAAAGAACGUCUCAUUUAACCAGGACUUUUCUGAAAGAAGGAAUUCAUAUUUUGAUAAGCUUGGAAUGGGAAAUGGUUUCUCUUCCAGUAAUUUUGAGGAAUCUGAAACUUUUACAAGUGGUCCUUCAGUUUUCUCUUCAAAUAAGCCUCCUUCUGUUUCAAGAGCUCAAAUUUCUGCCCCUCCUGGUUUCUCCGUGCCUAACAGAGCUCCACCUCCAGGCUUUUCUUCUCAUGAGAGGAUGGACCAUAUUUUUGAUUCUAUCUCAGGGGGUCAUUUGCUCGACUCUUCUUCCUUGAUGAGAAAUUCAUAUCAAGCACCUCCAGCUGGAAACAUUAGUAGCAGUGGAGAUAUUGAAUUCAUGGAUCCUGCAAUUUUGGCAGUUGGUAAAGGGAGACUUCAAGGUGCACUUAACAACCCAGGCUUAGACAUGAGGUCAAAUUUCCCACAACAACUAAGUGCCUUCGAGAAUGAGGCAAGACUUCAGCUGUUGAUGCAAAGAUCUCUCUCACCACACCAGAACCUGAGAUAUGCUGACAUUGGGGAUAGCUUUUCUUCUCUCAGUGAUUCAUAUGGCAUUUCAUCAAGGCUUGUGGAUCAAUCACAAAUGAACAAUUUAUCUCCAUUCAUGCAAAUGUCCCUUCAGCAUUCUAGGAAUGGUGUUAUGUCAAAUGGUCACUGGGAUGGCUGGAAUGAAGUUCAGGGUGGAAAUAAUCUGGGCGUGGCAGAACUCCUACGAAAUGAGAGACUAGGAUUGAACAAGUUCUACUCUUCUGGGUAUGAAGAUUCCAAGUUUCGUAUGCCAAGUUCUGGGGACUUGUAUAACAGAACAUUUGAGAUGUGA